CGAGUUAUCCGGCUGUUGCCGUCUUCAUCGCUUCGUCAGCACGUUGCGACCGAGAGAAAGCGCCUUGCGUCAAACGCAUCUACACACGUCUUUCUGCCCUUGCUCUUCUCCAUCUACUCCACGUCCCAUAAUUGUUAAAAAUGGCUACUGUUGACUCGUCCUCAAUCAUUACAUCUGUCUCUCCGCAAAAUCCUCAGCAUGGCUUUAAUCCUGAAUUGCUCUCGACCGUCAAUCUAGAUUUGCGAGGGCAGCGAUUCAGGGUUGAUCGGGACACGCUGAUGAAUCUCCCCGAAAGUGUACUCCUAUGUCUUUUCCCAAACGGGCUGGUCCUGAGUCGCAUGGAAGGUGAUGAAGAGGAGUACCAAUACGUUGUUGAUUUUGAUCCCAACUGCUUCACGUUCAUCAUCCACUUUUUCCACCGCGCGCGGGAUGACUUUUAUGGCACACCUGAAUCUACAACUGCUGCACCCUUCACCGCCCAAUCUGCCCUUGUCGACCCUUCAAACCCCAAUCCAACCGAAUUCACCGGAAGCCGCAACCCUAUUCUCACCAAACAAGCCAUCAUUGUUCUCCGAGAAGAGCUUGAAUAUUUCGCCAUCCCCCCAUCUGGCUCGCAGACGAAUUUCACUAAUGAGAAAGGACUGGCGAAUGACGAACACCUCGCGCUCAAAGUCCAGUGCGGCCUCAAGCUACUCGAGAAGCGAAGCAUCUUCACCGCACUUCAGCGGAACGUGAACAAGGAGAAUAACGUCGCCGAACAGCAUCUAAUCGACAUGUUGUGUAUGAGCGGAUUUGAUCGGGAGGAUGAAUGGGGCUAUCGAGCAAUUGAGCCCAACAGGUGCUGCAUAUCGAGCAUUGCACUCGUUUUACUCAAGACGGGCAUUAUACACACCGACAACGGUGAAGUCAGUGUGGACUCACACCAGAUGGGUACUGCCCAAAAGCUUUUGCUGUUCUGGAGAAAACCAGCGCGCAAAUGUUGGUGGGAUGGCGUUGAAGUUGAUGUCCCUGUGAAGGGUGGUGGUCUUAAUCCGGAGACCUGUACGGUCAAGCUGUGGGCACGGAGAGUGUGGACUUUGGAGCUCAGCUUGAUAUGAGCACCCCUUCUUGAUAUAUUUUCUUCUCACGACCACUCACGACCGUACGAACAGUGCGACGCACAUUCAUUCAUUUUAAACUUAUGUGUCGUUUGCAUUCCUUGGAUACCCUACCACUCACUUGUGUUUCUUUCUGCUUUUCCCUUUUUCUUCGGUCUAGCGUC